AUGGAUAAUCCGUAAGAUCUAUUGAAGCAAGCAUCAAUAGAAGAAAAUGACGAUAAGAGAUUGAAAAAAAUAGUUAAAGCAUGCAAAAUAAUCAGCGAAAGCUUACCAUUUGAAGAAAUUAGUGAAAUAAUUAUCAAAAAGAACAAAGAACUUGUAAAAUAUCUAAUGAUUAACUAUAUUUUCUCCAAAAAUCCAAUAAAAUUAAUACUUGCUAGCUUACUUGAAAAAUUUUAGUGGAAUUUAGUAUUUAUGACAUAAUUUUGGGAAGCUUUAGAGUUUUGUGCGCGACUUUAAGAAAUCAGUGAAAAAAAAAAACGACAAAAAAGUUCUAGUUCUUCAUUUAACUCUUAUUCAUCAGAAAAUCGAGUUGAAAAGAGCCAAUAGCUGAAAGAAGAAAUAUCAGUCUAUUAAUUUAACGAAGGUAAUAUCAAGUUGAUUGAAUUAAAUACGAUUUUGAAAAUUGAUUACUUAUUUACUCUUUUUCUAUUAACUCAAGAGAUUUAAGAAAAUGUUGUUGCAAUAAAAAUGUUGAGUUUAGAAUUUAUAUUUGAUUUGAUCUCUAUUCUUGUAACUCAACACUCUGUUAAGAGUUUGGAUGAUAGAAAUGCAAUUUUCUAUCACUAUCUUCAUUACACGAAAAAUGAAAAACUAAUUAUCCACACAGUAGAACUAAUAGAAAAAAUAAAAAAAACCUUUUUAUUUUACUUCGAAGACUUAUUUAAUUUUGAUAGUUUGAUUGAAUCAGUUUUCAUGUAAAAGAGUAGACUAUUUGUCCAUCAAGAUAGCUAAGAAAAAUAAAAGGAGGAAGACUUUACCCAAAGUUUUAAUACUUAUCAAAGCACUUAAUAAAAGAGUUAUGGAGGCCUCAUAAAUCCUGUUGAUGUUUUAAAAAUACACUUGCUCAGAAAUACAAAGCAAGAUGAAUGCAUAGAUGAAGAUGAUGAUAGUGAACCAGGUAGUUUACCCUCUGAAAUAAUAUUAGAUGAAUAAAUUUAAGAACCUAAUCCGUUAUGGGAAGUAGAAAAGUGGAUAUCUUCAAAAGAAGUGCCCUGUAUUGGAUACAACGAAUAUAUGAUGAACUUUUUCAAAUAAGAAUAGAAUGUUAGGCUUUUCUUAAAUUUUGUUUUCUAUCCAGAAAAUGCAGAACCUUAAAAUUUUUGGACUAAUUUAUAUCCAUAGUUGAAAAAAUUAAAUAAAAAUGCAAAGAAUAUUAAAUUUUAUAAAAUAAACAGUCACCAAAAGAUUUUAGAAUUAAAAGAUGAAAUGUUUAACAUUCAAAACUUCCGCUCUUAUAAAAUCAUUUAAAUUUUAAAGUAAAGACAGAAUAUGAGGAUAAUUCUGAAUUGCUUUCCAUAAUUUUUUACAGUAACAUUUUAGCUUAUGUAUGAUUUCUUUUUAGACGAUUUCUCUUCAGGAAAUCUUAAUCAUGUUGCUAAGCUUAUUGAAAUUAUGAUUGAAUUUGAUUAAGAUUAAGCCUUAUUAAAUAUGGUUUCGUUUAAUGUUAUGUUCAAUUUGUUAGAGUAUAUAUAUAAUCCAUAUAUAUUUGAAAUCGUAUUUGGGAUUUCGGAUCUAGCAUCUAACAGAUAUAAAUUAUUUCCUUAAAAUGUGAAUCUUAUUGCUGAGUAUAUGAAUCAUAGUACCUGGUUUCAAGAGCUAUGCUCUUUGCUUCUUUCCUAUGACCAUUUUGAGAAGUUUAAGAGAGAAAAAAACUUUAAAACAAAAUAAACUUCUGUUAUUUAAAGAAUAUUACUAUAAAAAGUGCAAGAAAAUGAAUGUGAGAAAUAGUCACAAAUAAAAAAACAGGCAAAUGAUAUUAGUUAAAUUUUGAAUGAAGAAACACAGCUAUAGGCUGUAAUAAAUGAUAACAAAAGAAAUAUUGAAGAAUUGAAUAAGAUAUUAGGAUAAAUAAAAUAAAAUAUCUAAGAAAAAAAUGAUGACUUUGAGUAUUUAUAUUACUAGGAGUUAAAUGGGUCUUUGCCUAACAUAGAUAAAAUAGAUUUAAAUCAGAUAAAAUCUUAUAAGUAACAAAAAAAAGUAGGUAGUUCAUUUAUUAUAAGAGAGAGUUCAAACUUAAAAGAAUUUACUAGCCCUAAACUUUAAGCAUCGAAAAAAUCAAGCAUAAAAAAUAAUAAUAAAAUUCAAUAAUUAGAUGAGAUUCAGCUUUUAAAGCAAAGGACUUCUAUGUUAAUGAAAUAAAGCCAAAAUGAAAAUUCUGGAAGUACUUAAUUCAGUGAAAAGGCAUUAUUUAAAAUUAAAAAGGUUAGAGCUAAAUUAACACUACUCUUCUUAACUAAUAAAGCAGUUAUAGAAGCACGUAGAAAUUUAAUGAUGAAAUCUCAAAUUGAAAGGUAAAAGAUAAACACAGAUAUAACAGAGGAAAACCAUAGUCUUUUUUCAACUCUAAACGGUUUUCAUUCGUCUAGGCUUAUUUAUCCAUAUCCUAAUUAUAAGCUAGCUUAGGUUAAUUCUGAUAUAGAAUAAUUGGCAAAAAGCAAAGAUUUUUUUAGUGAAAGAAUAAUUGCUAAAGAAUUUUACUCGUUUCCUUGCAGUUAAGUAUGCUUAGCAAUCAUUAAGAGUAUAUUCUCUUUUUAAGAAUAAUAUAGUCAAAUAGAGAUGUAUAGAAGAUAAUUAAACAAAAAGUAUUCAGAAUCUGAAAAUUCUAUUAAUUUAUAAGUGGUUAGCAGCAACCUCUUAGAUAUGUUACUUGAUGACAAUGCUAUUAAUUUUGAAAGGAUAUUUAUGAAUUAUUUAAUAAAAAUGAGAGUCCUUACUAAACUUCAAGAUAUCACAAAUAGUUCAUUUGUCUCUGGAAAUAUUGUAAAUAUAAUAUUAAAAAAUCUACACAAAUAUCACGAUAAGUUCGAUAAUGUCUACAAAAAAAUUAAAUUAAUGUGUAUUGAAUACUUUGACUAUAGUUGUAAAACAAUAAAGUAUUUAGACAGCAACAAAAAAGAUCCUUUCAUAUUACAAAAUUUGAGAAUCAAGCAGCCUAUUAAUUUGAGCAAAUCUAUUGUUGUUGAAACUUUGUCGCAUAUUAUUAAAAUAAUAUAGAGGGAAGAUAUUUUUAUUUCAUUUACAGAUUCUAUUUGGCACACAAUUUUGCUUUGGUUUUUUAAUUCACCUACCAGCUCUAUAUACGGAAGACAAGUUGUCUAGCUAUUGAAUAGCACAUUUAAUUAUGCUAGCUAGAAACAUAUAAUGAGUAUUUUAUUUAAACUUAGUGCAAUUACUUGCCUAUUUAAUGCUUACGAAGAUUUGACAUAUUCAAAUAGACCUAUAAAAUCAUAUCAUAUAGAUACAUUUAUUAUAUGGAUUAAGUAAAUUGUGAUAUCAUUGAGAAUGAUAAUAUCAGAAAGAAAAUUCUUAGAUAUAUUUUAAAAUCUUUAGUAGCUUACUAGCUGGUAAAAAUUGUAAGAAAUUAUUCCAAACAGUCUAAUUGAGAAUAUAAAGUAAAAAGAAAGCUAUAUGAUGAGUAAAUAAAACAGUGUUAUGUUAUAAAGUGAUCUUAAUUUAAACAAAAGAAGCAGUCAGCUUAGCUAAGCUUCAAUAAACAGCUCUAUUAUCUCAGCUAUUUCAAUAUAAGCAAAGAAGUAUUCUUAAAACGGAAACAAUUAUUAGCUUAGCAGCUUUGUUCAGAAAAAUUCUAACAACAAAAAAUUGUAGAUUAUAGAUUAAUUGGGUAUAAAAUCAGAUAAAGAUAAUAAUUUGAAUUAUUUUAAAAAGAUUGUAUAGAAUACUUCUGUAGAACAUUAGUCUGAAUCUAAAGUGUAAUAAAAGCAAUUAAAUUUAAGUUCUUCAUUUUCUUCUAAUAAUGCUUAUUAAGUAAGACCAAAAACAAAUUCUUAAGAAAUACAAAAAACUUUAAGCAUUUUAAAAAGUCCAAAAUUGAGUUUAUAAAAUUAAAUAAGCUCAGAUAGGUAAGAUCCAUACCAGAUUUCUUAAAACAGAUAAAUCACAACUACUAUAGGUUCUAAAAAAUAAUAAUAUUUUAUCAACCCAUCUUUUAAAUAAAUUUCUAGCAAUCUUCCAAGGUUAAGUGAAAUAUCUCCAAUCCUAAAAUCAUAGCACCCUGAAAAUAAAUCAAAUAGUUCCAAUAAGAGCUAAUAGAAAUAAUAUUUAACAGAAAGAAUUAAAUGA